AACACAGGCAUUUUUUCCACAUCUCCUUUGGGCCGCGCGGUCCGCUGAAGGAUGGAAGUCCCUGGAGAGGCCUCAAAGAAAGGAGGCACCAGUGUCCAGGCAGUAGCUGCCCAGGACGGUGUUCAUGUCUCAGAAGGCUCCCUCGUUUCAGUGGAAGCGAAGGAUGAGACUCCUGAAAGGCGAACACUGCAGAAGAAGCCUUCGAAGCUGAAGACAGCGUUUGACAAAAAGGAGUUGGCGUUGCACUCGCUGGGCGGUGCAGCGGCGCGGGUCACGAGCAAGGAGAAGAUUGCCAAAACAAGCCAUCGAGCAGGAAUUCUGAUUGCGACCAUGUUCGCUGGAGACUCUGACUCUGACUCUGACUCCGAGGAUGAGAACGGUUUGCCAAAGCCCAAGCGGAUUGGCCGACUCCGAGCGGGAAGAGACUACAUCAUCGGAAUUCUGCAAAAGUAUUCGAUACCCCUGGUCUUUGGCGUGUGCUUGGCGAUGGUGUGGAGCAACCUAGAUGAAGAGAGCUACCUGCAGAUGGCUCAUUGGACGCCCAUUGCAGACUUCAAGCUCGGGGGGCACGCUGUUGAUUUGCACUUUGUCAUCAACGAUUUUUUCAUGUGCUUUUUCUUCGGGCUGGCUAUUAAGGAGGUGACAGAGGCUCUCCUUCCGGGCGGCUCCUUGUCGCCCAUCAGCCGGGCAGCCAAUCCCUUGUUGGCCACGUUUGGCGGAGUCGCUGGUCCUGCUGUGGCAUACUUGGUUUUUACCUUUAUAUUCUAUUCUACAGGUUCCUUGGAUCAGCCCAUGUGUCUGCCGGACGACCUCAACCGUACAGUGGAGUCCAACCACUCGGAGGAUCACCACCGGCGGCUCGGAGGGGGUGCAGGUGGGGAUGACUUUCUACCCAGCGAUUACAAUGCCAAGUGCUCCUUGGAAGCCGUUCUCAAGGGUUGGGGUAUCCCUACAGCGACGGAUAUUUCCUUGGCCUGGAUGUUUGCCAUUUUGAUCUUCGGCCCGGGACAUGCGGCCAUCAAUUUCUUGUUGCUGUUGGCGAUCUUGGACGAUGCACUGGGGAUGAUCAUCAUUGCGGCCUUUUAUCCAGAUCCCGCAAAUCCAGUGGAUCCCAUUUGGCUCCUGCUGGUGGUUGCUGGCAUGGUAGUUGCUUUCAUCAUGCGGAAGCUCAAAAUCAGCCGAUGGCAGGCCUACAUUGUCCUGGCGGCGCCACUCUCUUGGAUAGGGCUAUUCAAAGCUCACGUUCAUCCAGCUUUGGCGCUGGUUUUCAUCGUGCCCUUCAUGCCGGCCACACACGCGAUUGCACCACAGGGUCCAAGAGACCUAGGGCGUGUUGACACUAUGUCAGAGACAAGUUCUCGAGACUUGAUGACGGCCACCCACUCACGGCGGAGCUCCACGUCCAGACGAACUUCGAUCUCCUCGGCAGUCUCGGAGGCUGCCAUCAUAGCAACCAAAAGUUUUAAAAACAUGUUCUACAACGAGGAGAAUGCACCUCUACAUGUUUUCGAGCACACACUUAAGGUUGUGGUUGAUUUUGGCAUGUUCUUUUUUGGCUUGGUGAAUGCCGGAGUCAAGCUCGAUUCCAUCGGUGGAGUCACAGCAUGUGUCGGCCUGGCGCUAGUGGUCGGAAAGACCGUGGGCAUUGCAGGGAUGAGCCUUCUGGGCCACUGCAUAGGAGCCCCUUUGCCAAAGGGGCUGAGUGUGCCUGAUUUGGUGGCAACUGCGGCCCUUGGCGGUGUAGGUCUCACAGUGGCGUUGUUCGUGGCCAACGAGGCUUUUGUCCAGCCUGAGAUGCGGGGACAGGCCAAGAUGGGAGCUGUUUUGUCGAUUUCAUGUGGCCUCCUGGCCUUUGUCAUCCAGCGUGCCUUUGCCAAAGGCAAGUCUGACGCGGAAGGCGAGGACGAGGAGGAGAACGGAGUGACUUCAACCAUAGGUAUUACCGUCAGACAUGUUGAUACCUCUGAGAGUUUAUCUUUUGGACGCAUUUUUGACACCGAUGCGAGCGCAGAGUUGACCGAUUACUCCCAUAAUAGGAAGGUUGAGCCUUCCGAGGACACAGGCGAUUCGGCCAAAGCCAAAACGACUGCGACAACGGCUGUGACCAUCGAACCUGCAGGCUUGCCAAAUGCAGUGGAAGAGGACCCGAAUACCAAUACCUCGCAGGACUUGAGCAUACCAGUUCCUGCGCGAAGUCCUGGUGAACUUGUGUGACAGAUCUUGGGUGCACUGCCCGACUGAACGCACUGGCUUGUUAAGCUCAGCAUUUUUUAGAUCUGUGGCUAUCAUGGCAAAACAUAG